AGAAUAAAAUUAAAUUUUCUUUUUCCAUUUCAUCUUCUGUCUCUAUUUAAGUUCUGUUUUACGUUUUCUUCUGUUUUCUUUUUCUUUUUCCCCCUCUUUCUUUUUUUUUUUUAAAAGUAAAAAUUCUUUUUCUUUUUUCUAGAUAGAUUCAUUGCGUGAAAAAGCCAGAAUCAAAUUCCAGGGUUGAGCUUUGACGAGAUGGUGAAGUAUCAUAUGCGAAAAGGAUUAACGGACUCUAAUGGAAUCGAUCUAAAAACCGAUGAAAUUUCUGAACAACAGAAGUUGACUAAAGCAGAAAUGGAACAAAAGAUGACGAGAAUCUUGAAGCUAAUGAAGAACAAAGAUCAAGGAAAAAGCAGAGGAAUGCCAAAGGACUCGAAGAAAGAAACGGAAGUUGUUGGCCUUGUUGAAGAUCUAUACAAAAACUACCAGUCUAUUUAUGAACAAUAUGGUCAUCUACGAGAUGAAGCUGAAAGAAUCUUUAAUUCCAAAAAUGAAAACGAACAGGACAAGGAAGAUGUCUCUUCUUCAUCUUCAAGCUCUAGUUCUGAUUCCGAUUCAGAAUACUUUUCGUCGGAGGAAGUAAACACCAGCAAUGCUCAUAAUUUACAGGAUGAACGCUCAAACAACUUCCAUGCUCAAAUUCAAGCCGAUGAACUAGAAAAGCAAAUUGUACAAAAGAAUGAAGCCUUGGCUAAGGUUGAUUUUCUGCAUCGAGAACUAGAUAGUGUACGAAGCCAGAAACGCGAAUUGGAAAAUAGGAAAAACAAGGAAAUAUCUGAGAAUGUGGCUUUGAUAGGUAAUUUGAAACAAGAAAUAUCGAAAAAGAUUGGAGUUGAACAGAAGAUUCUAGAAGAGAAAGAGAGAGUUCUUAUCCGAAUUAAGGACCUGGAAACGGAAUUAGACAGUCUACAUUACCGAAGAAGGGAAAUAGAAGAACAAAAUAUUCGGAUGAGAUCCGAAAAUCAAUGGCUUAACACUAAGAAUACUGAAUUGGAGAUGGCAUUGACGAGUAGAGAAACGGAAGCUUCUUCUCAGAUGAUCGCGUUGAUGGAGCAAGUCAAGAAUCUGAAAGAGAGUGUGGAUGGAUCGCAGGCUGAAAAAACCAAAUUAGGGCAAGAAAUGGAGCAAUAUAAACAAGAAUUUACUCACAAAUUCUCCGAAAUCGAGGAGGAAAACAACAAAUUGAAAAGCAAAAUCGUCGAUCAGGAAAGAAUCCUAAAAGAAAAGGACGAAACAAUAAUCACAUUUAACGAGAAAUACAAGCAAGCGAGAAAUUGCUUACCCGACGUCGCUUCGACUCUGGUAAGCGCAGAGAGAAAAAUGGAAGAGUUGGCAGAAGAGCUCCGAAGCGGCAUGGAAGAUAAAAUCCGUCUACUAUCUCAGAGAAUUCUCGUAGCAGAGCAACUACACAACGAAAGCAGAGAAAGCUUCAGAGCAAGAAACAAAAGACACGAACAAGAGAAGAGACAGUUGGAACAAAAAAUAGUAAAUCACGAAGCGGAACUGAUGAAACUGGGCAACAUGAACGAAUUCGGAAUGGACAGAAUGGCAAGAAAAUUCGAAGAAGAGAGCGCGAAGCUUCUAAAUCAUAUAUUAUGGAUCACAAAGGAGCUUACAUUCGCAAAAUACUGGGUUAGAACGCGAAACAACGAGUUAAAACAACUGAAAACAAAUUUAACCCGAUUCGUUGCUCAAAUGGAGGAAAAAGAAGAACAGGAGUUCUUGUUAAGAGAGAAACUAUGGAAUCUAGAGGCGAAAAUAAGCAAAGAAGGAGGAGAGAAACUGAACCUGAUCAGAACGUUAGGACAAUUCGAGAAGAAGAUGACGAAAAUGGAGAAUAUACUGAAGGAGAAAGAUGAAGAAGUGUUCCGACUUGCAGAAGAGAAGAGAGAAGUGAUUCGACAACUAUGCGUUGUGAUUGAUCACCAUCGAAACCGCUACGAUCAGCUCAAGGACGCCAUGCUUGGGAAGAAGGUCAGAAACAAUAGAAUGAUUUGAUGCUAAUUGUUUCUGUUAUAACUAUCGUUUAUUUUUUUAUAUAUAUAUAUAUAUAUAUAUAUAUAUAUAUUGUGUUGAAAAAUUUUGGUAAAUGUAAAAGUAAAGGAACUAUAUAACAAGAUAUAUACGUUACAUUACACACAUACAUUCCUUUAUAAACUUUGAGUAUAAAAUUUUGCUAAAUUUUUGUUCCUCA